GGGCGCGGGGGCGCGGCCAUAGAGAGCAGCGCGGGGGCGGGCCAGAACGUCUCGCAGGGGCUGGCGGUGGCGGCCGGGGCGUGUCGCCAUUUUGGACGGAGGCGGAGAGCGGGGACGCGGUGGCGGCGGCAGCCAGGGCUGCUGAGCUGCCAUGGGAAACACCACCAGCGAGCGACUGUCUGGGGAGCGCCAUGGCUCCAAGUCCCACCGCUCGGACGGCUCUGGUGCUCCCCAUUCUACCAAGGAGCACCCACACAAGAUCAUGGUGGGCAGCACCGACGACCCCAGUGUUUUCAGCUCCCAUGACUCCAAGAUUCCUGGGGACAAGGAGUUCGUAUCCUGGCAGCCAGAUCUGGAGGAGUCAGUGAAACCAUCGCAACAGGCUCGUCCCACUGUCAUCCGCUGGGCUGAUGGGGGCAAAGAGGUCUUCAUCUCUGGGUCUUUCAACAACUGGAGUGCCAAGAUCCCACUCAUCAAAAGCCACAAUGACUUUGUUGCUAUCCUGGACCUCCCUGAAGGAGAGCACCAGUACAAAUUUUUUGUGGAUGGCCAGUGGGUCCAUGAUCCUUCUGAGCCUGUAGUCACCAGCCAGAUGGGGACAAUUAACAACCUGAUUCACGUCAAGAAGUCUGACUUUGAGGUGUUCGAUGCUUUGAAGGUGGAUUCUCUGGAGAGCUCAGAAACCUCAGGUCGGGACCUGUCAAGCUCACCGCCUGGACCCUAUGGCCAAGAGAUGUAUGUCUACCGGCCUGAGGAGCGCUUCAAAUCCCCACCUAUCCUCCCACCUCAUCUCCUCCAGGUCAUCCUCAACAAAGACACCAACAUCUCGUGUGACCCAGCUCUGCUGCCUGAACCCAACCAUGUUAUGCUCAACCACCUCUAUGCCCUCUCUAUCAAGGAUGGCGUGAUGGUGCUCAGCGCCACGCACCGCUACAAGAAGAAGUACGUCACCACGCUGCUGUACAAGCCCAUCUGAGCUGGCGCCUCACCGUCCCCCCCACGCAGGACACGAAAUGCCACUUUGUCUGCACAUGCUGGGCCACAGGACUGUGUGAGAACUGGCUGCUGGCUCCAGCCUCGAACCCGACAGGGACACAAGCCCCAGCGAUGAGCCCAGGCCUGCUGGGGCCUGUGACACUCUCCCAUCCUACUGGUGUGGUUUGAUUUAACCCUUGGUUUCCACCCACCUACAGCUCUGCUGGCUUCUGCAAGUCCCUGGGGGCUGCUUUGUUUGCUGCUCACCAAAAUCACCUCCCCUCGUUCCCCACACAGAAAGGGCUUCACCCUCCCCUCUUCUCCAGCUUGAAGGGGCCCUGAGGCUGUCCUGGCGCUGCCCUGCCACCCCCAGCCCAGGCCUACAGGGAGCACCUCCUCCCUGCUGAAGAUUGCUGUGUUGUGCUGGUGACGUCCCUCCAAGGCCUCCUUGAGCCCUAGGGGCUCUGCCAUGUGUCCCCUGCAUCCCUGAGCCCUGGCCUUGGGGCUGCCCCCUCCUGGCGCUCCCCAGCUUCAGGGAGAGCGCUCACCUCUGGCUGUGUGCCCGCCCACCGCUGCAGCACCAGCCCUCUCGGGUUCAGCGUGGCGCCAGCGGGAGGGAGGGAGGGUGCUGCUGGAGGCAGCCAUGCUUUACCUGCCGCCAGCCCAGCACUGAUGAGGCCCGGACAGCCGCCCUGUCCUCGCUUUGGAGCGCUUCCGUGGGGCAGGGCUUGCUUUGGCGCAGCUAGAGGGGCACCCGUGCUCACGUCCGCUAGAGCGGGGCCCAGGGAGAGCGGAGCAGGGCAGAUGCCCCAGGACUCUAGCCCCAGCUGUGCUGUCUGCUGCUGGGGCAGUGCCAUGUGACAGGGUUUUCUCUAUUUAUUACAGUAUUUAUUGUUCUCA